AUGGCAGGCACAAUGCUAUAUCAGCUAUUCGCCCUACCACGAGUAUUUCUCCCGACAGUAAUCCCGCAGACCUCGUCGCACAUGGGACAGCGAAUCCGUUGGAGCCUAGUUGAAUUGCCCGUUCUGAUAUAUUCGCCCUCGGUGCAAUCGUCGUUACCCUUGUACCCGCACCUGCACCAUGACGCCGUCGCAGUUCACCUCGGCACACACCCCACUCACCGGUAUCUCCGUUUGAGAAUUCCUGAUGCUCGGCAUAUAGAACGGUUCCACAUGCAGGCACAUCGAGCGAGUGCCAGUACGGAAGCCGGGAACGAACGUGGCGGCCUCAAUGCAGCAUAUGCUCUUACAAAACUACCUGCCAGUAUACGCAUGGAAGGGAGUAAUCAUUGA